AUGGGCAUACCAAACUCCAUUGGCUAUAAUCCAUCUUCAAGUUUUUCAGAUACUAGAAGAAAUGAAAAAGCAGGCAGUGGAAAUGUCAUUCUCAGCCCUAUCCAAACUCUAAAUCAGCACAACCAACAUUCCCUACAAGGACAUAGCCAACUAAAUUCACAUCAAUUAGAAGAAGAAAGGGAUCCACUUGUUGCAGCUACCAAUAGAGCACAACUACGACAACAAUCGACAACCUCAGGAAAUGGCACGACCACGACCACGACCAGCUCAUCAUCAGUGGUUAGACGAUACCGAGAAUGUCUCAAGAAUCAUGUUGCAAGCAUGGGAGGACAUGUCCUUGACGGAUGUGGCGAAUUCAUGCCAAGCGAAGAAGAAGGUGCGCUAAAGUGUGCAGCUUGUAAUUGUCAUCGAAAUUUUCAUCGGAGAGAAACUUUCUCCGAGGCUGAGACGCAGAUAGCUCGCCCACGCCCCCCAUAUUCUACAUUCAAUCCACCAAUACAUAGUAGUAGCAAUUACCACCACAAUUAUAGUACCGCGUCACCAGUGAUGAUGACUUUUGGAAGGAAUGCUGAAUCAUCAAGUGAGCAUCUAAAUUUGUUCAAUUCUAAUGCCGGAGGAGGACAAAGUUCGAAGUCGAAGAAGAGAUUUAGGACAAAGUUCACAGCGGAACAAAAAGAAAGAAUGCAUGAAUUUGCUGAGAAGGUGGGAUGGAGUAUACAGAAGCAAGACGAACAAGAAUUGCAACACUUCUGUAACCAAGUGGGUGUCAAGAGACAAGUUUUCAGAAUAUGGAUGCACAACAGCAAACAAGCAAAUAAGAAGAGACAAAUGUAAGGCGUCAUUACUGCGCCUAAUAAAUUAAACCUUGUUUCAGCUCAAAUUAGAUACUUUUAUUAGGGACUAAUU